GUUAUAUUUCGUAAUGCAAAAAAAAGUCCAGUCACCUACUAGAAACAAUAUUCUGCUGUGGACACUAUCACAACUGCUCUUCACCAGUCUUCAACGUAAUUUUUGCUAUUCGCCGUUGUCUUUCUUACUAGUCGUCAUGGACCAUAAUCGGAACCAAUACUCAAAUAAUCAAAAACAUUCCACCAAAUCGAGAGUUGAUGGAGGAGCAAGUCAUUUAUCUGGAAAUAAUAAUCCACCUGAUGAUGCCAGCUCAAACGGACCUGUCAACGAGCCUACACCUCAAGAUCCAACGCACACUGAACAAUUCACAGUGAUACCACCUAAUCCAUCACGGCAUAGUAAAUUAAAGAUGAUGGCACAGAAAGAAGAGGAGGAGUUUCAGAGAUAUAAGGAGGCCCACAGACCUGGCCCCAUUCAUCUGAACCCAGAGAGGCUGGGGGGAGCUGUAUCAUUGGUCGACGCCAGGGAUAGACAGCUAGUUGAGUUACGCCAGUCCAAACUUCGGAAAAAGUUGAAAAUGGAGGAGAUGGAGAGAAAGAGAAGACAGGAGGAGGAAGAAGAGAUUCAAAUAAUGAAAGACAAACAGAGGGAGAAGGCAGACAAACUGGAGGAGAAAAGAGUGCAGGAGGAACAGCUGAGGAGAGUGCAACAGAGAGAGAUUCACUACAGGACAACUGACCAGUUCCUCCAGAGGUUUGAGAGGACAGACACACCUCCUGUGGCAUCCAGCAGCGCUGCACACACGUCAUCAUGGGUGCGAGCACAAGAUUACAGGGAGGACAGGAGGGCAGUGGAGAAUGCUGCUUUGAAGCUGAAGAAUGAGGAACAGAGGAAAAAGAGUGAGGCACUGGAGGAGAGACAGAGAGAAGAGGAGAAGGAGAGGAGGAGAAAUGUUCAGCAAGAACACAGACAGGUGAACGCGGCCUUCUUGGAUAGGCUGCAAGGUCAGAGGUUGCAGGGGCAAAGAGAGAUGGAGAGCCCUCCUAUGGCUGGGGAGGUGUACAGCAGAGAGUGGGAGGCCCAGGCCCGUGAACCACAGCACCCCCCCACUCCUCCGGAGCCUGACCUAGCACAGGGCCCUGCAGUCUGGGCAGAGGAAGCUAAUGCUGAUUAUGAUUGGGUUGUGAUGAAGCUUCAGGCUCGUUUCCUUGACGUCGACAGAGAUUUUCUGAAGGACAUUGUCAUCCAGUGCAGCGGAGACUACCUGCAAGCCUGCCAGUUGUUGCAAUGCUAGUUCAGAUUGAAGUUUUUACUUUUUAAGUGUGAAGUUUUUAAGUGUCAUGUUUUCCUUUUGUACAAGUAUAGGAACAGUACAUUGGAGUUCUAGGUCUUUCGUGUCUCCACAGUUUCUUAGUGGUCUAACCUAAGUCCUAUAAAGAAAGUAUUAUAAAUACUUUCUAAUUAUGAUACCUCUUCAGAACUGGAUCUCUAUGGAUAAUGUAUAACCUGGAAAAGUGUGAAAACGUUAGAUGGAAGUGUACCCCUUAAUUGUCCUAUAAUCGGAUAUUUAACCAUGAUUUUUUUGUAUGUUUAUUAUUUGUAAUAGUAUGUGGGUUUAGAGUGGGUUUAUGCAGUCAUUGUAAGUUUUUCCAAAAACAGGUUUUUAGUUACGUGAGAUUGAACAAAUUAGCCGUAAGUCAAAAAUGAGUCAUGAUCUUAACAUUCUUUGUUCAGUAACCAGUUCAGUGCGUGUGGAUGGAAAAAUUGGUCGACUGAUACAUGUGGCAUUGUGUUUGUCAUCUAUGUUCGAUAAUUAAAGGAGCAUGUGCAAUAUCAACAACAAGAUGUUUCCUUGA